CUGUGAUGCGUUCAGGCUCUCGUGGUCCGUCCGACAAACAACACUGCUGCUGCUGCUCCUGCUGUUGCUGCACCUCUUCAUCGGGAAUAACCUCGAGGAGAAAAACCAUCACACCAACGUCGGCAGUCGGUUCCUGUGAAAGAAACAUUGCAUUGCGCACCUCCCUACCAUCACCAUCUCCUCAAUCAACCCUCCUCCUCCUCUCCUCCUCCUCCUCCUCAGCCUCGCCGCCACCGGAGGGGAGUUUUUCCUGUGGACUUUGCAGGGUGAGAAGAACACAAUAGCAGUGCUAUAAGCAGCAACCAUGGGAAAGCAGAACAGCAAGCUGACACCCGAGGUGAUGGAGGACCUGGUGAAGAACACGGAGUUCAACGAGCACGAGCUGAAGCAGUGGUACAAGGGCUUCCUCAAAGACUGCCCCACCGGAAGACUCAACCUGGACGAGUUCCAGCAGCUCUACGUCAAGUUCUUCCCAUACGGUGACGCCUCCAAGUUCGCACAGCACGCCUUCCGCACCUUUGACAAGAACGGCGACGGUACCAUUGACUUCCGAGAGUUCAUCUGCGCUCUGUCCAUCACGUCGCGCGGCAGCUUUGAGCAGAAGCUCAACUGGGCCUUCAACAUGUAUGACCUAGAUGGAGACGGCAAAAUCACCAGGGUGGAGAUGCUGGAGAUUAUUGAGGCCAUCUACAAAAUGGUGGGCACGGUGAUUAUGAUGAAGAUGAACGAGGACGGCCUGACACCGGCGCAGCGGGUGGACAAGAUCUUCAGCAAAAUGGAUAAGAACAACGACGACCAGAUCUCGCUGGACGAGUUCAAGGAGGCGGCCAAGAGCGACCCGUCCAUCGUGCUGCUGUUGCAGUGUGACAUGCAGAAGUGAACCCCGACAUCACUCGGCCCAUUUGCCCCUGCCAACCCUCUGCUCGCUCCCCAAAUCCUUCCCCGUCACCCUGCUUGCAUAUACAACACACAAACAUACACACUGGACAGCUGUUUAAUUGUCUCAUUUCACAGAGGUUUAAAAAAAAGAAAAAAAAAAAGCUUGGACUCUUUUUCAAUGGACUCGCUUCUUGUGGUCGUAUGCAUGAGAAAUAUGUCAAAUAUUGCGGAAUCAUUUUGAACCUAGCGAUAAGAUAAUGCUACAUUUCUAUUUCAGAAGAUGUUGUGGUGCACCGUAAAUUCUCCGCACACAAGCACUCAUCCAGCUUGUAUAUGGAUGAAGUCGAAUAGCCGGGUACUUUGUGACACGUCCGAAGGGAAGCGGCCAUAUUGCUAUCGGGGAAACAGGCUGGUAUUUGAAUUUGGUAUUGACUUUGCUCUUUUAGGGCAACCCAUCCAAGUUUCCGGCCAACAACAAUGACGAAAACUUUUGUCUAGUACUCGGUAGCUUGUUCUAAUUUGGUAGCAAAAUUUCAAGGGAGGGUCUUUGAGGGAGUCCAGGAAAUGGCCUAAACUCUAAAAUAUCCGCUUCAAAUCAAAAUGGCGGAUUUCUUUACCCUUUUGGGUAUUGAGGUUGUUUUUGAAAUGAUACGCCAACCAAAUUUGUUGUUCUGCUUUCCCCCCCUACUAAUAUGGCGCCUCACAUCACGAGACGUGUGUGGAGAACCUUUCGGACCGGUGUUCCCACCAGCCAGCCUUCCCUCGCAAGUUGUUCACCGCUGCAACUCCCGUACUGCUUUCAGUAAUCGUAAAUAAAAACAAUAAGUCCUCUGAUAAUUGUAACGAUAAGUGUCUCUGGCAGCCGGCCGGGCUUGUAGAGCUCGUGGAUGAUAGAGAGAUAUUCGCACACGAGAGAAAAAGUAUUGCAUGCCUAUAUUACGUGUCAAAAAAAAAAGAAGAAGAUAUAAAUAUAUAUAAUCUAUUACCUUUUUAUUUUUUGCAUCGAUGGUGGUUUUAAAAGAGGAAACCCUCUUGGGAUUCAUUUCGUAUUGUUGCAUGGGAUGUACAGUGUAAGCUCACCUGAGGUGGGAGCAUGCUUCCCUCCGCGUUCAUUCACACAAUCGUAUUUCUUUCGGAUUUGUUCAAAAUUUGUUUAACGUCUGACUGCUACAAUGGAGGAUUAGGGCCACCCGAAAGAAAAAUAAUUAUACUUCCAGAAUGAAGUGGGAGAGGGAGAUGGUUGUAUUUAUUCAAGAAAAAGUCUUUAUUUGACAAAAUAUGCUGAAUAUUAUUUUUUGAAAUAAAAUACAACUUUACUUUGAAAUGUGAAUUUAUUUUAAGAUUCCCUAAUUUUUCCGAAUGAUCAAAUAUUUUCUGUUUUUCAAUAAUUAUUUAUUUAUGAUUCUUUUUCUUGAAAAUAAUUAAAUACUUUUUUCCUUGUAAUACUAUAACUUGUUUAAAAAUAUGACUUCUGAGAGACGUCAUACUGUAUUAUGCUUUUAGGAAAUAUCACUUAAUUCUCAACGUAUAAUGUCAUUUUUUUCAGCGUGGCCCUAAUUUAUACUCCAUCGAUUACGAACACUCGUGGCACACAAUUGGCUGCCUGUUUGGUUUGUUUACACAACACAUGUUUACAAAGAGCACUGCUAUAAUAAUCAAAUGAUCUCCAUGCUGAGAGUUUCCUAAUGAGAGGGGCUCAUAUUCCAAAGCAGCGGCAGCAAAAAAAAAAAAGUUUACUGAACACACUGCAUUCCAGCAUUAAAAUUGUUUUCCAGUUUAAGUUUUUGUUUUGCUUUUUGAAUUCAAUUUUCUGGCACAUUAGGAUUCCCUGUUCCCAGGCUAUGCAAGGAUGGACUGACUGCUUUGUGAGUCCACAUGUUCAAUGGUGGACGUGGCAGAAGAGCUUCCCCAGCAUAAUCUUGAUUAUUAUUAUUAUUAUUAUACUGUCUGUAUACAAUUCAGUCCAGCCUGACACCACGUGGAGAUCUUUAAUGUCAAGUAAAUGUUUCUAUCAAAUCUGAAAACUCAUGAUACAAUUGACUGUAUUCUUUUAUACAUGUGGCAUGUGUUGCACCCCUUAAACAAACAAAAAAAAACUUGAUUUCUGUUGUGAUUAAAAUCAAUAAACCACAGAUGGGCUUUUUUCAAAACAUA